CUUACUGGAAGAACAGCUUUGAGACGCGCCCUGCCCUUCGUCCCAGCCGGCUGGCAGCCGAAGACCUGCCCGCCUCGCCGCCUCCUUCUCCUCCUCCUCCUCCUAGGGCGUGGAACCCUUAUAAGAACUGCCGCGGCUGCCUCCGCUUCCUACUCCUCGACCCCUUUUUCCUCUUGCUGCUGCUCAGGUCAGCCCUCGCCUCGGUGUCGCGGCCUCUUCGCUGUUCCCCUUGCGAGAAAGAGGAAGAGCGAGCCGCCAUGAUUGUGGACAGCAGCCAGGACGGGCUGCUGGACGGCGACUGCGACUCCUUGAGCAGCCCUCUCAACUUGGCGUUUUUCUACGGGGCGUCCCCCAAUUCCAGCGAGAGCAGCUGCUCGCCGAGUCACUCCGCUCCAGAAUCUCCGGGCUCCGAGUCGGAGUUCUCGGGCAGCAGCGGCAGCUGUCACAAUAGCCGCCGCCGGGGCAGCGGUGAUUUCGGCAAGAGACGUUAUUCCAGGAGCGUCGGGCGCGCAGGCGGGCAAGUGGAACACCACAUGGGGGGAGGAAAACAACAAAGAGGACCUUUCCAAGGAGUUCGUGUGAAAAAUUCUGUGAAAGAACUGUUGUUGCAUAUUAGAAACAGCAAACAGAUGUCAUCAGGUCAUGGUGCAGAUGAAUUAUUAAAGGUACAAGGAGGAACAGUGAAUUGUGAAUCAUAUGCAGAGCUGAAGACCAUAUUGAGUAAUGAUAGGAAAAGAAAAGCUCAUGAAUCUUUUUCUGAUGGAUCCUGUUAUAAAAGGGCAUCUACUUUCCAACCUCAUUUCUUGACACCUCCACAGACACCAACAUCGAUGGAUAACAACAUGGAGGAUACACAAAUAAAUGAUCCCAAACAAGACAGCAGUUGUGAUAUGCUGCAGAACAUCAUUAAUAUUAAGAAUGAAUCAAGCCCUGUUUCUCUGAACACGGUGCAAGUUAGCUGGCUUCACACGAUGGCUAAUUCUGAUUCACCACGGGAGCAAUAUCAAGAGAUUGCAGGAGCACAGGCUUUCUCGCCGCCUCAGAAGUACCAAACCUUUCAAUCAAACAGUCACUCACAAAUGCAGGAACCACCCCAAACUUACCAGUUUUCUCCCACACAGCCUCAGGAUUUGCCGCAGCACUAUAACCAGAAUUCGCUGUUGGACUAUAGACCACAUUCUGCAAGCAGCCAGUCCUCUGAUUAUCAGCAAAAUGUUUUUGAAAACCAGGAACUUCAGUACUGCUCUACCCAAAGUUUUGCUGAUCUCUUAAACGAUACAGAGGGACUAGACAACCAUUCUGCUUCUCUCUGUCAGCCUUUGCCUGGAAGUCACCGGCAACCUGAUAUCAGUAGCCACCCUCAGAAAUGUAACCUGCUGCCAAAUAAUACCUGCAAUAGUCUUGAAGAACAUGGCUUAUCACUGGCUAAUUCAAAUAUUUCUGCACAACACCAGAGUAUUGCUGGAAGCACAGCACAGCUAGGCAAAUCAUUUUUCCAGUGGCAGGUGGAACAGGAAGAAAACAAAUUGGCCAACGUUACGCAGGAUCAAAUCCUUGCUAAAGAUUCCGAUGGUGACACGUUUCUCCAUAUUGCUGUUGCCCAGGGACGACGGGCUGUUUCCUAUGUGUUGGCAAGAAAGAUGGCAGCCCUACACAUGCUUGAUAUUAAGGAGCACAAUGGCCAGAGUGCCCUGCAGGUAGCCGUGGCUGCAAAUCAGCAUCUUAUUGUACAUGACUUGGUUAGCCUUGGGGCACAAGUGAAUACAACGGACUGCUGGGGUAGGACACCAUUUCAUGUGUGUGCUGAAAAAGGGCAUGCACAAGUCCUUCAGGCAAUCCAGAAAGGAGCCAUUGUAAGUGAUCAGUACAUAGAUGUGGAAGCAACCAACUAUGAAGGUCUGACAGCAUUACACUGUGCAGUAGUGGCCCAUAAUGCUGUAGUACAUGAGCUACAGAGCCAGCAGUCACCCCACACUCCUGAGGUCCAGGAACUGAGAUUGAAAAGCAAGAGGUUGGCGGACACAAUCAAGUUUCUAAUCCAGAUGGGGGCCUCUGUUGAAGCCAGGGAUCGCAAAAGUGGUCGCUCAGCCCUUCACUUAGCUGCUGAAGAAGCAAAUGUGGAACUCCUUCGUCUGUUUUUAGAGCUGCCCACCUAUCUUUCUUUCAUCAAUGCAAAGGCUUACAGUGGCAAUACAGCACUUCAUGUAGCUGCCAGUUUGCAGCAUCGGAUGACUCAGCUGGAUGCAGUUCGGUUGUUGAUGCGCAAGGGAGCUGAUCCUAGCGCCAGAAACUUGGAAAAUGAGCAACCAGUUCACUUGGUUCCUGAUGGCCCUGUAGGAGUUGAGAUAAGACGUGUCCUGAAGGGGAAGACAGUUCAGCAGAGAUCAUCAGUCUAUUGAGCUCCAUGAAUACCGAUGACUUUACACUCACUGUCAGUUAGGCAGUCCUAAUGUAACUGUAAAUAGACCAUUUGUCCCGUGGAGGCAAAUGUUAGUUGUUUCUAUGAAACAAACAUAUUUUGUUCACUAUUAUAUAGUGUAUUAAUAACAAUUCUUCUGAACAGAUGGAAAUGUUUCAUACCAGGGUAUGGAAAUGUUUCAUACCAGGGUAUUCUGGAUCAUCAUCUGAACUUCUCAGUUUUGCAGUUAUGGCAAAAUAACUGACUUAAAACCAUGGUGUAACAUGUCAAGCAAGAACAAUUGUAGUACUUUUAUAAAAUAAUGUAAAAUGCUCUACACGCUAGAUGUUUAUAAACUGAAAUACAAGUUUUUAGGAAUACUAAUAAGAUUUUGCUGGUUGUAGUUCUGUAGUUGGAUUUUUAUGUUUUAAAUCAUGCUGUGUAACUUCAUAGUUUUUGAAAUCUAAUGAUAUGCUGAUGCUAGAUAAAAAGAUUUUGGUUUUUUUGGGAUCAUAUUAGAUUUAUAGGAAUUGAAUGCCAGUUUAGUGUGUAUGUGAUCAAACAACAAGAUCUUCUGUGGCAAAUUCAAUAUGAUUUAGAAACAGGACAUUUAUCUCUACAAUUCACAUUGGUCACAGCAAAGCUUACAAAAAAUUACUUUAACCUUAUAUUUAUUCUUCCUAAAGCUCUUAGUUUACAGUUGACUGGAAAACUGUUUGAUUUUUUUAUAAGUCCAUGUAUUCUCAGAUUCUUCUCCAUAUGUUUCUGUGAGCAGAAAUGAGAAAGCUUAAAAGAUGGUUUCAGGUCUUGCUCAUUGUGCAUUUAAAAGGAGAAAAGAGCAGAAGUUUAUUAGUAACCAAGUUUGCCAAUGAAAUCAAGUUACCCAGAGUGAUGAAAUCCCAAGGAAACUGUGAAGAGCACCAAAAGGACCUCUCCACACUGGAUGCAUACCCACUACAGUGGCAAUGUGGGUUUAAUGUAGAUAGGUAUUAAUGAUGAAUACUGGGAGAGGGAGCACAAAUGCCAGCUUCACUGAAGAUUUGAAGUGACUUUGGAGGAAAUCAUUUUCAGAGUUGUGGAUUGAUCAGUGAAAACACAGAACUUCUCAAUUGCUGAUUCUGAGUUGAUACUAAGGAUUAAGAAAGUGAUUGAAAUUAAAGUAGCCAAGAUCAUAAUACCGUCACAAAAUAUGUGGUUGAAGUGGCACUGUAUAUAAGGAGAGGCAAAAGGGAAAAUGCCGCUUCAUGCAUUACAUAAUAAACUUAUUAAAUUCACAGCUACACGCUCUUGUGGUGGUUAAUGGCCUGUCUUUAUAAGGGAAUGUGACCCAUUCCUAGAAUCAGUGGCUGUUAGCCAUGUUAAUGAAACUGAAUCUCCAUCUUUGGAGGGAGUGUACCUUGAAUGACAGUCUCCAAGGGAAUGCACAACAAGCUGUCACCACAACCUUGGCUUGUGGACUUGCUGGAAGAAUCUGGCUCUGGAAACCAGGAUGCUGGACAAGCUGGAUCCAUCUGAUCUACCAGAUCUCAUGUUUUUAUGCUGAACUUGUUUUGUUCUUGAAUUGAGAAAAAAAUAUUUCUCAGGGCUUUGUAGUAGUUCAGUUAAUACUGUAUUUUACCUCAUAGGUAUAGUAGGCUGUCACAUUUUAAUGUUUUAAGUAGCUUAUUUUGUUGUCAAAUCUUUACUUGUUUUUCAAAGAGUGUAAAUAUGGAAUUUAUCAAAUUUUCUAGUCCUUUCUGUUUUGAUAGGUUUCCAUUCUAGUCUGACUGUAUUAUACUGUCAUUUUGGGUUAGUGUUCUGAAUUGUACAUUCUUUGCUAAAGCAAAUUUGAUCAUAUUGUUUGACCAAAAAGUAUGUCUUGUAGACAGCUAAUCAUAGAGAUUGUACCUCUAAAUAUCAAGGCAGUGCUUAUUCUUGUAAUAUUAAAUGCACAGGCUGAAAUAAACUUGAGUCAAUGACA